CAGGGCAGAGACUGGCAUGGCUGGCACCAUCCUCCCCACGCCCGCAGGCACUGACCUGGGCUGGGGCCUCGAGGGGGCCCGAUGGCGCCACAGCCAGGACUGGCUCCUCACCAGCAGUGGGGUGGGGCUGGAGAACUGGCCCCCACAGCCCUUCCCGCCCCCUGCUGCCCGCUCCACAGUCCAUAAGCCCCUGCCCCCCGGCGCGGAGUGGCCCCCGCGGGAAGAGCUGAUCCGGCGCCUGGCAACCACCACAGGCCUCUGCUAUGAUGUGAAAACCCACGGAGGGGUCCUGGGGCAGCCCAGCUACCUCCUGCCCGCGCCGCUGUGGAGAGUCCACUGUAACAAGGACCUCCGGGACAAGCUGCAGCUCCGCGCCUGGCGGGUCCCGCUGACCCCAGGGGGCCGGCCCAGCGAGACCCGGCACCGGUUCUGCGGCUGGCCCAACCUGCCCCCUGAGCCCACCCACCACGCCGGCCCCCAGCCCUUCGCCCUGGCUGCCCACCACAGUGACGGUGCCUCCAAGUCCACAGUGGCCAGCACCGAGAACAAGCCCCUGGCCGGAUCCGUCUUCUAUAUCCGCGACAGGGCGGUUCUGAGCCAUCUGGACCCCUACGUCUCCGUCACCAGCCGGGACAUCCGUGCCUUCAGCCCGCAGGAGCUGCAGGGCUACGCCCGGAAAGACGUCCUCACCUACUGGCAGUUUGAGGGUUACCCAAAGGCCUGGGGGCACGGCCUCAGGGACCCCUCCCUGGGCAAGGAUGCAGCACCCUCCCUCCGACCCCCCAGCUCCCCCCGCAACCCUGGUCUCUUCCCCAGCCCCCCCCACCCCCUCCGCUUGCCAACGCUGGCCCCUGCUGUCCCACACCAGGGGGCGCUGAGCCUGGCACAGGAGUCCUAUGGGUCCCCCCGCUGCCCCCCCAGCAGCAGGGUCCCCCCAGCCCGGUCCCCCACCAUCUGCCCCCCCAUAGCCAGGCCCCAGAUCCUGGCAGUGCCCCUGAUGUACCGCACGGAGUAUCAAUGUUAUGGGAGCAGCAAGCCUGGGCCUGUCUGAGGGCCCCCCCCACAUACUGUGCACCCCAACAUGCUACAAUGCGUCACCCCUGUGUUCUCUGGUCUGUCCUUCUUGGGGUGCAGGGGGCUCACUAAGGCCUGGUCCUUUCUCUGUCUCCCCCCCCUCCAGCUAUCAGGACGCCUG